UUGAGGUUGAAUGCUCACGCUGUGAAAACUUGCAUUCAGGACUGUCUUCAUCAAUGGAAGUUUGAAUUGGAGAGACUCGAGAGGUCAUACAGAGCAUCUAUCAAUACAGAAAAACUUCACAUGAAUAUGCAACACUCCAUCAAAUGUCACGAACCAGGCAUUCUCAAGUUAGUCUCAAUUUACAAUGGCUUGUGU